CGUCAACCGUAAAUAUUUGGAGCGGAAGUGAGUUUAAUAGAAGUUGUGAUUAACGAGUUUUAAGUUGACUUUUUCUGUUAUUUAUGACAAUGGCUUCUUGUGCAGCUAUUACAGCAAUAAUAUGUGUUUUGAUAACUACUGUUGCUACAAUAGUAGCGUUUUCAACUCCAAAUUGGAUGGAAUUUGAUGGAAAAUCAGGUGAUAUGCUCUGCCAGUGUUCGGACUGUGACUGUGGACUCUGGCUGCACUGUACGGGAGGCUUCUCGUCAACAGGCUCGCUAGAUAACUGUAGAUGGUUCUUUGCAGAUGAUUUUCUUGUUGAAAGAACUCUUCCAGUAUGGUUUAAGGCAGUACAAGGUUUGAUGGCAUGUGCUCUGGCUAGCACAAUGAUCGCACUUAUAGUCGGUCUCUUCUCGUUAUGUUGUGAGUGUAAGGGAUGUAACCCUAACAUGGCAGCAGCUUUUUUCGCGAAUCUAACAUUUAUCCUGCUGGCAGUGUCUGUUUGUGUGUUUGGUGCCAAAGCCCAUAUGGAGCACAAAGCCACAGUUAUUCAAAAUCAAGGGGAAAAUUUGCCUACAUUUGGAUGGAGUUUUUGGGUGGCGGUUGGAGGGGCUAUAAUGGCCCUUGUAUCUUCAUUGCUUUACUUCUGUGUAGGAAGAAAGGAGGAUUAUCUUACGUAUUAAUUGUUAGACAGUAGUAGCUGUACACAAUAUUAGAGUAGAUGCAGUGCAUUGAUCAGCAAGAACAUUAACACUCAGACUAUCUGAUUCAGGAUAAUUUGGAACAUAAAAGGUCAGGUUACCUCAUUCAGGAUUAUUUUGGAUCAUGAAUGGUCAGACUACCUAAUUCAGGAAUAUUUUGAACUAAAAUGGUCAUACUGUCUGAUUGUUUCGGGAACAGUAAGUCAGACUACCUAAUUAUGGAUUGAUUUGGAACAUGAAUGGUCAGACUACCUAAUUAUGGAUUGAUUUUGGAAUGAUAAUAGUCAGACUACCUAAUUCAGGAUUAUUCUUUAAUUUUAGAGAUUUUACUAGUGGUGGAACUGGUUGGAUGAGUUUGUGUUUUGUAUGGGUUUUACACAACAUACAUAGGCUACCUGUUUGUAUGAGAUACUAUUAGUAAUGAAAUAAGGAAAAUUGUAUUUAAUUAAGUGACUGAUUAUUGUUUGCUGGUUCAUUUUUCAUUGAGGUCCUUUCAGCCAUUCAACCUGAUAAUAAAAUAAUAUUUGAGUUAAUGUACAUGUUUAUAAAGGGAUAUGCAAUACCUAAUGCAUAAUUUUUCAACCACCAGGUUAAAGUAAUGUGUUCAUGUUUCUACUAAGUGCUAGCUAUUUUCCCUCAUAAAGCAAUUGUAUCUGAUUCAAAGAAGAGCAAAUUUACAAUAAGAUUACCACAUGGACUUUAAUUAUCUAAUGACCUCAAAAUUGACCAUGGCAUCAAAAUUGAUAAAAGCAAGUUUUUUUUUGUUUUUAUUUGAAAGGACCUGUUUUGCAAUUUAUAACUAUUUUUAUAUUCAAUUUAAUGUGAUUUGUCUCAUAAUUGUUAUCCUAUUUAUAGAUCAAAAUCUAUUUAUAGAUUAAAGACCUAUUUAUAGAUUAAAGGCCUAUUUAUAGAUCAAAAGUCAGUUGAUACAUGUAUUUUAAAUAUUUUUAUUAUGUUAAAAGACCACCUUAGAUUAUAACCAGCACCAUUAUUUGUAGUGGUAUGCUUCAUAGAUGAAUACAGGUUGUAGAAGUAUAUAAACAGGUAUAAUGUUUCCUAAAACUAUAUAUUUUAUAAAUGCUUGCUUUCUGCUUAGUUUUUUAAAGGAAAGAAGUGAUUGGUUAAACAGCUUCAUUAAAAUGUUAGUCAAAUUUUGUUGUUACCUCAAAACCUAGACCUUGAAACUUUCAUGUGAUUAAAAAAAAUAGUACAUGUAUUACAUUAUACACUGUAAAGUAAUUAUUUUCCCUUUACUUAAUUUUUUUUGUAGAAUAUAAGUGACAAUAAUGUUGUGUUGUAUUUGAGAACAAUUAUGAUGAAAUGAUAUGAUGAAAUGUUGUUGAUCUUUUUGAAUAAUUGAAAAAAAUCAGGGCUUUGAUAUCAUUGUAAUUAUUUUUAGAGCAAGAAAUGUUCAAAGUUUGUAUUUUUUUUACUUUUCUAUUUAUAAUUGAUUGUGUACAGAUGUAUGUAUAUAUUUUUUACCAUCAUGGUUGUAUUUAAAGCACAUUUUCUUGUCAUGAUAUUUUCAGGUCAGUUUCUUUUCUGUUUCUGCUAGUUGUUAUCUUAACCUUUUAUCUGCAGAGUUCUGUAGCAGGUUUUUUCCUGCUUUAAAAUUGCUAUGGUGUUCAAUGUCUAAAAAACAACAUUUCAGCUACUGACAGUAUAGAGCCUGGUCAGACUGCAUAUAUGUGCUGACUGGCCGGGCCCGAUACUGGUGGCAAAGGCUGUUCAAUUGCAGUUAAGGGUUGAGGGACAUGAAUCUUUUAAUUGAUAGAUUGAGACAACCUUGAAUUAUUAUGUGUUUUUUUUAAUAAUUGUACAAAUGAAAGCAUUUUUAAGUGAUAAAUUUUUUAUGGUCUUUUGAUUUUUUAAGCAAUGUAAAAAAAAAUUUAUUGCUGUCAAAUUGAGUUAACUAUUAUAAUGGUGACUGACUAAUACUUGAUAAUGGAAAAAUAUUAAGGAUAAAGUACAAAAAACUAUCUUAUUUAUUAAAGGCUACCCUUCUCUUUAAAAAUUUAAUGUUACUGAUACAUUUCAAACAGUAUAUAUAGGAUAUGGUAUUUAUAGAAAUAUCCAUUGGUCAAGUGGAUUUUUUUAUUAUUUUUGCAUAGUAAAAUAUGAAAUUGAAUGAAUGUUAAGUUAUUUUAACAUUUACCUAUUUACUUACCAUUUACACUUGGAUUUGCAUAAUGUAACAUUACUAUAACUAUGGCAAGACUGUUGUUAUAUACAUGUAAUGCCAAGCUACAGAUCUGAAAUGAUGAAUUAAUAGAGAUAAUGAUAAAGAAAUAUAAAUUCAGUUCUUGAUAUGAUACAGUCCAUUUCUCUUUUCAUGGAAUAAUCUUUCAACAUUUAAUGAAAGUAAUCUCAUUCUAUAUUAGCAGCAAAAUAAUAUGUCAAAAAUAGACUUUUGGUAAUUUGUUUUAGUGCUAAAUAUUUUUCAUUUUAUGAAGGAUUUUUCUAUAUAUGCCAUAUAAGUGUAGGCCAUGAUUUGAGGUUGUGAAAGAAAUGCGUAAAAUGUUGAUUUUUUUCUUUUCCCUUUUUUUACUCACCUGCUGUGCAAUACACUCAAGCUUUGAGGUGUUCCCUCCAUCCAUGACGUGUAAACAUUCAGCAGACUUCAUCACUUCCUGUAUCUAAUAAUAAUUAGACAAGCAGCUAGUGAACAUGAUUAUUUCUUGCUACUGGUCGCACAGAUGCUUGUUUCAUGUUUUUUUUCACUUAGAGACUGUGAGUGGUGAAAUUUGCUGAUUUUGCAUGAACAUAGAUGGAUGGAUGUCGUGUACUAAUUCAUAUGCCAGUGUAUAUAUACAUACAUACAUACAUAUUAUAUAUAAUCAUUUCAUGUAUUUAUUAGAUGUAUUCUAUAUUUGCUUAUAUAUGGUAAGAUUUUUCUGGCUUUCCACUAAACGCAAAAAAAAAAAAAAAAAAAAAAAAAAGUAUAGCUUUAUAUUGUAAAGAAUAAAGAGAUUUUGUAUAAACACUGACCUUAAAACGUCCUUAAAAGUUUAUUAAUUUUUUUGUACCAUACAUGUAAGAUAUCCGCAAUAAGGAACCAUGCCCAAAUUAUUGGUACCAGGAAUACUUAUUGGCAACUGAUUAGCUAUAAGUAUAACUUUGAACUUUGUUGAUUUUUUUUUCUUGAACUUCAAUUCUCUCAUCUAUUGCAAGAUCUUAAAAGAAUUCAUGUGGCGUUUUAGUUGCAUUUACUGAUCAAUUUUGUUCCAGAUUAUAAUAUAGAAAAAAAUGAGGAAAACAUGUUAAUUUUCUUUGUAUAAAACAAAAUUGAUUUGAUUUUAUAUCAUUUUGGAAAACAGAAUAAUCUUGUUAUUAUAUUAGGUCAUAUAGAUUGUGUGGCAAUUAUCAGUAUUGCAUGUGUGUACAUUAUUUGAUGUUAAUUACCAUUUUAAGUUGUGAAUAAAAACAUUUUUUAUUGUAUUUUUUAUUCAUAAUCAACAAGAAAACACUUUUGAUGUUUUAAAUACUGAUUACUAAUAUACUCAUACUUGAUGUUUUUAAAUGUACAUUUUUUUUUGAUAAUUAAUUUAAUUUUAGAAAUUCAUUGUUUUGUUAAUGUGAAUGAGCUGUUUGUAACAUGAGAUUUACAUUGGAAGGUUGCACUUUUUAGGUUGUAAGAUGUCAGUGACCUGUAAACACUAAGGUUACAGUAAAGAUCUUCAGGUGAUUGUUUUAACAAAAAGCAGUAUGUCAAAAAUGUCAGGACAUUUUCACAUAACUGUCCAAUUAAAUUAUUUUUAACGCAAGAUUUUCUUAUGCUUUUCAGUAGUGUGUAAUUCAAAAAGUAUUUUUACAAGACUUAAGAUUUUUUUUUUCAUCCUGAACAUACCUACACCUUACUCUUUAUUCUAAAUAAAGUCUGAUUUAUCUCAGUUUUAUUGCUUGUUUACAGGGUAAUUAAUUUUAGAUUGAAGGUUGUUACGUGAAAGAAUGCAGGACAUGUUUUUUGAUGUUUAUUUGUCAUUUUCACAUAAAAGAAAUAUAUAUUUCAAAAAGAGUCCAUCCAUAUAGGGAAAUGGUGCUAUGCAUAUUUAACCAGCAUUUAAUCAUUAUUCAUAUCCUUUUAUUCACUACAAUGAGAUUUUAGCUUAAGGCUUGAUAUACAUAUAUAUCCCUCAUCUAUACCAUAAAUCUGUAUAAUGACUAAAUACAUUGCUUUUAUACACAGUAGUUUAUUCGCAUAAUUUUGAAUUCCAAGGUUAUAAUUU